CCGCCACGGGCUACCUAGAUUUUUAUUUAAAUAAGUGAUUUGCAAGGCUAAUGUUUGAGUGUAGUCACAUCUGACCACUGCAGCGUUUGAAGUGCUGAUUCAGCUUGAGUUAAGUGCUUCGGGAAGACCAGGUGGAUGUGGAUCUGCUCUCUUACGUCCAGGGACUGUCUCUGCCAAAACGCUGUCACGGAGCAGACAGACAGACAGACGGAUGGAUGAGGGCAGAGAGCUUAAAGACUAACUUAGUGGCGCAUUACUACUUUAGACUUCCUUAACACGUGUAUGUUUACUUGUCUUUCUCGUUGUCUUAUAUAAAACGUGCACGCAUUUUCCUACCGCGCGCUCACGCACCCAAACUGCGAGUUGUAUGAGAUCAAGCGUUUAGAGUAAAUCAAGAACAACAUGUGGACCGUUUCACAGAUGCCUCCAGGAGCUUGCAAUCCGACUUCUGCAAGACUGUGACAGGACCGUCCCGCCCCAGAACCGACGCUGCUCAACCCUAAUACAGACAGUGAAGUUGAGUGACAUUUCCCGGGAUUAUGCUGAGCAUCCUUGCAGCUGGCUCCAUAUUUUUCCCUGGCCUCUUCCUGCUGUCCAAACGAUUCCUGAAACAUGCUCUUGGGCUCAAAUGGAGCGAGAAAGAUGCUGUUAUCGUCUCAUCCAGGCUGGUGUCCUCCAUUCAAGCCAUUAUGGCAUCCUCCGCCGGGUACAUCAUCGCCAGUUCUUGUAAAGAUGUCAUCCAGGACCAGCAUUGGCUUACCAGCAGCUAUAUCCUCUUUGCGGUCCCUUACUUCGUAUAUGACAUCUAUGCCAUGUUCCUGUGCUACUGGUACAAGCUUCAGGUCAAAGAUCACGAGGAGGAAAGUGCGACCAAACCGAUGAGGUCAGCCAUCAGCGGUUAUCUGCGCCGGGAGUUCCUUAUGGUCUUGCACCAUGUCGUGAUGGUUACUGUCUGUUUCCCAGUCUCUGUGUUCUGGAGACAGGACAAAGGGGACUAUUUUCAGGGUGUGAUGUUCAUGGCAGAACUAAGCACUCCAUCUGUCUGUCUGGGAAAAAUACUCAUUCAGUACAAGCAACAACACACUCUCCUACAUAAAGUCAAUGGAGCUCUUAUGCUGGUCACUUUCUUCAUCUUCAGAGUUCUUCUCUUCCCCUACCUGUACUACGCAUACGGCAGGUACGCAUCCAUCCCCUUCUACAUGGUGCCGCUGUCCGUGCCAUGGCAGUGUAACGCAGGUGCAUCUUUGCUCAUGGCACCUCAGGUCUACUGGUUUUCCCUCAUCUGCAGGGGCGCCUUCCGUCUUUUCACUGGAGCCUCACGACGCAGAAGACCCUCUAGUAGCAUAGACUCUAAACCUAAAACCUCACUCCUGUCCCCGGCCAAUGGAUACAGCCCCAGAGAGGCUAACUCGCACUGAGAGAGGAGUAAAGAUAGAUAGAGGUGGUAGGCACAGUGUUGUUAGGUUUAGGCCAUAGUCAAAAUAGGAAACUGAAGGCAGAGGACUCAUUAUAAAGGGUGGAUCUACCUAUCGCCCAAUCGUAUGGAUCAACACGCAAAGAAACCCAACUACUUACCUUCAUCUUCUCACUGAGAAUAAAAGCUAGGGCUGCAGAUCAAACAAACAUAUUGUUUUCUCCUUAACAUGCAGAUAUUUAACAGAUCAUCAAAGCAGAAGGUUGGGAAUAUGAUCUGCUGCAUUACAGGGUUAGUACAUCAUUUGUAGAUUACCAUUAUCUUACAAGCUUUACAAAAAUGAGACUUUAAUGGACAUCAACAGGAACAGUAUUUAAAAUGAGAGAAGGAUGGGAAAGUUGAUGGAUCCCUCCUUGUUUGCUCUCCAAAUCUCUUUUCUUUUCUUUUUUUUUAUCUGUUUUACAGUUGCAGGAAGGAUGUGGAAAAGGGAACAGACAUUUCUCCGUCAAUUUGUACAUAUGUUUUCAUUAAUUUCAUGUAUUUCAAAACUAUUUUAAUUUAUUUUAGACUUAUUUUAGAAUCUGCUCAUUUGUUUUUAAUCAUUGAGGUAUAUUCCUUAUUACAGGUAGAUUAGUUUGAAUGCACAGAAUCACACUUGACAGAAAGACUGAAAGUAGAUGUGAUCUGUGGGUUAGACUAAGGUGCAAGUGAGGCCUUGUCCUAGCUCUCCAAAUUCUCCCAUUCUUUUCUUCUCUUUCUUAUUGCUGAUAACACAGAUCAAAAAACAAGAUGACAACUGCUGCAUCCAGACAGCUCUUAGUCAUCUAGAUUGUUUGUGAAUCAGCAGUUAUAAAGGAGACAUUUAAAGGAUUUGGAUGAGGCUGAGGUAUUGCAGUAGCAUAUCUCUGCUUCAGUACUCCAGUCCUUUUAAGAUCUAGGGUGGGGGACGACGAUGACUGAGGUGCCUAUUAAAACGAUGAAAACCAACAUGAAGUUGCCAAGGCACUUGGACAGACCAGAGCCAAUUGCUUUAUACUUUUCGUACAGUUUUAUGUGAGGAAUGCCAAUAUAAUGGCCCUUGAUGAAGCUUUGCCCUGCAAAUAUAUCCACACCACAAUACUGAGUUUAUGCAACCACUGAAACGAUUGUAAACUGCACACUGACAAGAUGUUUCUUAACUGCUUUUCUGUGAACUGUCAGCUUUCUUUCUGUCUGGAUUUUUUUAACAGUUGGAGAUAAACCUAUGGCAUGUUAUGUCACCAAUAAGUCCUCAAUUUGACAGUAAAAGUGUCAUUGGUGUAACAAUGUUGCCUUGGAGCAACAUCUCCCUGGCAUGGUGAGCUAUUCCUUACUAAAAUGCAUACUAAGCUGUCAGUUUGAUAAACAGUAUUAUUGGUUUCUCUGGAGGUGAGAGGAUGUUCAAAGGCGUAAGGUUGCACUGAAUUAUAACAAGGAGGGGUGCUAAACAAACAUUUAAAUCUAUCAGUUUGUUUAAGACUUUAAAAGUGCUGAAUAGACCGAUCUUUUGGGAUUCAAUUGGAGUCUUAUAAUAGAUUAGUCAUGUUUGUAUUACUCAUUAGAACUGUUUUUAUUUUGCCACAGCACAUUUAGGCAUCUAUGUAGCCUUAGAAGUAAUGCUUUCAACAUGCUCCUUAUUCAAAGUACUGCUGGUUUGUUUUACACUGGGGCAUCACAACACUAACUCAGAGGAACAGCCUAGAGUUGGGCAUGAAUACGGCCAGUAUGUUCAACUAUAGCAAACUAUACUGGUUUUGGGACUGGUUAGGAAAAAUUACAAUUCAGUUAGGAAUGACUGUAUGUUCUGACUUUGUAAUUAUUCUUAUUGUUUAUUUAUUCUGGUAAUUUAUGCAUUUUUGGCCAGUGUGAAUGCACAUACGAAUACACAUGUAAAUGUAUUUCUGAGUGGGCUUCUGUUGCUGUAACUGACAGACAGAACAGACAGUUCUGUAAUUUCGAUUCUCUCUGCUGAAAUAUACUCUGCUCUCUUCUG